GUUAACGUCAAACUCUUCCAAAAUUUUCCUUGCUUACACACACAGACACAUAUAUAUAUAUAUACAAGGAUAAUCCUACACAAAAAGCUUGUAUUCCAAGAAACCUAAUUUCGAGUGCACCGUAAAAUCUCUACUCAUCUCUUCACUAUAAACCUCGCCUCUCUCUCUCUCUCUCUCUCUCUCUCUCUUCUCCUAUCCGUUUACCUAGAUUUUGUAGCCAUGGAAGGAAAUGGAUCCCAGGGACUAAACGGUCAAUCCCUUCCUAUCCCAUCUCAGUCUCCUCGCAAAAUUUCUCUAACCCAUCCAAUUUCAAGCCCUUUGAACAUGCAGGCGGUUGAGGCUGUGGAGCAUCAUCAUUCUCAACCCCUAUUAAUCCCAGUUCUUCAAAACCCUUCAGAUUCCAUCUCAUUCUGCCUCAGUAGUUUAUUUCCAAAAUCUCACAUCCAUGCCCCAAUUCAUGAUUUUUCUCCAAACGCCUCGUCCAUCAGCAAUGACACUACUACUCCUUUUGACGAAAGGGCCAGCGAGGAGCAUCAACGAAGCAACAGUAUUAUCAUGACCGAACGCAGGCUGAAGAGAAUGAUAUCCAACAGAGAAUCUGCUCGGAGGUCCCGUAUGCGAAGGAAGAUGCAGAUUGAUGAUCUCCAGACUCAGGUAAAUCAGCUUCAGUCUACAAACCGUCAGCUCUCGGAGAAGCUUAUCCAAUUGUUGGAGUGCAACCAACAGAUUCUCCAAGAAAAUGUUCAUCUCAAAGAGAAAGUUUCUUCGCUUCAAAUCAUUGUCUCUGACUUGUUAACCCCUUUGAGAAAUGUGGGAAAUGUUGUCACUUCCAACACGGCUAGUCUCAUUAAAGCCGCCGAAAAUCCGAAACCAUCUGUCAGUGCUAGUUCUAUGCAUUUGCUUCAUUAAGUACAGAAAUCAUCCGAUGCAAACAAAAUUUGGAAGUACAUAUUUUGGACUUCUCUUUUGUAUUGUUUAGGUAAAUAAUUAACUUAAUUAUAAUACAGAUAUAUAUAUAUACAGCCCUAUCUUUAUGUUUU